AUGCCCAGAGCUCCAUGCAGUACUCCUGCUGAAGCUGAACAAGUGUCUUAUGCUCUGUUCAGGACCACAUUUCCACAUCCAAGGUCUGACCGUGAGUAUGUAUCCUAUGAGAUAGGAUUUGACUGUGAUGUUAUUGAACUCAUUCCUGGGAUUGACCUCUUUUCAGACCGAUUUCGAGCUGAUGUACGCUCAGUGGUAGGAAGCCUAGACUUCCUUCUCCAUGAGCUAUACAGUGCUCAGCAAAACCUGAAGGUUCUACCUUUAUUCACACUGUACCAGUACUUUGUCAGUGCAAUCUGUCGUGAUGUAUACAGGAGUGUUUGGGGAAGAAUACUGAAGAUCAGGGUUUUAGCAGAUUUGGGCCUGUUUGCAGAAGCUUUUGAUGAAUACAGUUUCUUGCUUAAUGGUAAAAAGCUCCCACAUGCACUUCUGGAAGGUUUCAGAUCUCGAGAGACCAAGGUUCACAUAAAGUUUGAUCAAUCAAGAGUUCUUCUAACUGAGAAUUUGAUGGCAGUUGAGUACUUACUCAAGAUACCUUUACCUCACAACUUACAAAUGCUUUAUGGUCCUUACCUUGUGAAUAAAUUUGAACUUGGCCGGACCUACCUUGCCAUCAAACUUGCAGCAACAAUAAACCACAUCCCGGAAAAGGCACCAUUUCAAUGUUCAACUGAUUCAACAAAUUCUGAUGAAGGUGAAAGAAUUAUAGAUCUGGAUACUGAUUUUGUGGAUAUUACACCUGAAUCAGAUUAUGCACAGGAAACCAGAAGAACAUGCCAACCACAUAAAAAUGAACUGGACAUUUAUUCCUUAAGUCACAACUUAACUCUGCCCCAGUUGAAGAAUAUCAUCUUGGCAGAUGUACAAAAGAAGUUAAACAUUUUGGUGGACAAACUGAAAAAGGAACAUGAUCUUAUAUUUGCCAAUCUUGCACCUGCUGAACUAGAGAUGGUCAUUGAUGCUAAAUGUCAGGCUGCAGCAGUUGCUUUCCAAAACUUGCAACUAGCAUUUAGUGCUGCCAUUGCAUUAUCUGCAGUUCAGCUCUUAAAAAGAUCCAGAAUCUUGAUGAAUGUUAAACAAAGCAAUGUAAAGCCUCCUUCAUCAGCGCUCAGAAGUACACCAGUUAAGAACAAUCCAACUGAAGACCAGACUAAUAAAAAUCUCUAUCAAGACCCUUACAACAUGGAAGCACGUGGACGCUUGAAUCUGAAUCUUUGGUUGAAAUGUCGGCUAGUUAUGGUGACUGCCUUGAUUGCUCAAGUAUACGGCAUUAGGCUAAGUAAAGGAGAAGAUGACUUUUUGGAAACUGCUCGGCUCUGUGAAGACGGGAUGGAAGAAGCAAAGGCCUAUGGUGAUGUAGAGACACAAACUGAGUUUAUGCUGAAUGCUGUCCUGCUUGAUUUACGACUGGGUUGCCAUAAGGAUCGCAUCAAAGUACUUUUAGAGGAAAUAAUAAAUCUACUGAGUGCAAGACAGUUUCUUUCACCUAGGGCCCAAAUGAUUCUUGCUCAAGCUUUUCUGCAGCUCAGUGAUUUAAGAAAGUCAGAAACGUUGUGUAACUCAAAAGAAGCUGCAAUGCAGGAAAAAAUUAAUCUGUGUGUUUCAGCUCAGAAACUGAUUUUUGACCAGUUUCCCUUUUGUCAUCCCAUACAAGGCACUGCUUCAGCACAAUUGAUAACAUGUUCAGCUGAAAGAUGGAACAUGUCACGCUGGCAAGAAACACUUUCCUGUUUCACUUCAGCUCUUGAGCUUUGCAGAGAAACAGCUUCGAAGCAAAUCGAUUUAGAAGCAGAUUUAUUGUUUCAGAAAGGAAAGAUACUGCGCCAAAUGACAGAAAUGAAUUAUGAGAAGACCCUUGAAGCUGCUAAUUUUUUGAUGGAAGCUAUCAAUGUCAGUUACUUUCAUGACCAAAAUCUCUGGUUGAUCAGACAAUCAUAUUUGGAACUUGUUUUGUUAUACUUUUACCUUGACAAGGUGGAGGUGAAGGAAGCAGAGCUUGGACAAGAAAGCAAAGCAACAUUAAAAUCAGGAAUCAUUGUAGUUGCGAAGCAACCUAGAAAAAGGAUUACUGGCCAGGGAAGACUGAUAGAAAUACUGCAACAUGUUUUGAGGCAGCCUUCAAAAUAUAAAAUGCUGGCAUGGAUUGCCAUUAGAGCUGCAAAUGAGAUCAUCAGAAUGCUACGCAACUCCCAAAUACUAACUAGAGACAAGAAAAUCAGUGAAGAAAGUAUAAAACAUUUAGUGCAAAAAGAAUUGCCUGAAUACGUAAUUCUGGAUUUUUUGGCAUCAUAUCAGGAUUUUGAAACCGAAAAUGAUGAAUUUUUGCCAGUCUUAACUACCAUACAAGGAGAAAAAGUGGAAAAGGAGGAACAGAGGACCAAACAUGUUGCACCAAAUGAAACUCCAAAUUAUGUGCCAUCAUAUAGGAAAGUUGCACAAUCACUGAACUCUGUCCAGUUUCUCAAUUACAAUAACCACCUCCGUAGGCUCUAUAACAUCAAUCUACUUCCAAUUCGAAGUACAGUUGAAAAUGUGAACGGCGAAGGGCCAAACUACCCUGAUCCCAAGAUUCCUUUUACUGAACCUUCUGAGGCACAAAUGCAUGGAGUCGAUACAGAUUUCCUGAAGUGUGCUAUAAAAGAUUUUGGAGAUGGAGCUCAUACACCUGUGUUCGACACAGAUCUUUGUCCACGCCUGGGACUAAUGCAUUCAUUUUUAAAGAACUACCUACCUACAUAUAAAAAUAAUUGCUGUGCUGAGCUUAUUCCUAUAAUCCUGUAUGAAAUUUUUGACGACAGUUUCAGAUUCUCGCAAUUCCAGCCUGAGAUUUAUACAAGUGUCUUUGGAGAAUAUAUGCUGACAACACCGACGGACAGUUUUGUUGGUCAACUUACCCCUCAGAUGAGUGUGGCAGUGCAUUCUAAAGACAAAGAGCUACGGGUCCAAUGGUACCUGCCUGCUCUGGCAUUACCUCCUCCAAGUUGUGAAACCUAUAAGAUUUUACUUAUGUUUGCGUACAAUGUGAAACCAGUCACGCUGGUCAGCCUCAAGACAAGUACAUUAACUAACGCUUCCUGUGGAUACAAAUGGAUUCAUUUAAAACGACUUCUUGCAUUACAGAGAAAACUUUCUGCAUUAAAACAAAAGGCUGAGGCAUAUUUGCAACCAGAAUAUGCACUGUCCACUUCAUUGCAGUACACUCACCACAGACUGAGGCAAAGGUAUAUUCGAAAUGAACCUGCAACAAAUGUUAGAAAACUACCCGCGACACUGGAAGAUAUGGUUUUGCAGUUAUGCAAAGAAAUAAAAGAAUUGUUUGUUCCUGGAUCAGAAAUGAAGAUUGAGACAGAGGUUCCAUUUGACCUCUCCUAUGAUACCCUGGAGCAGCUGGAACACAUAUUCAAUCCUGCAGUUGGCUACACAUUAAAGUAUGGGAGUCUGUUCAAGUGGUUAAUUUCUUUCUUGGAAUUCGAGUAAAUUCCUGUACCUUUACAAUGUUUACACAAUUUGGUACAUGUAGUUGAUAACAAUUUAUUUAAAUUAGUUUGUUUUAACCUUCCUUUUACAUUUAUUCCUAACAUGCAUACAAAUAUUUCUUUCAUCAAUUAACUCAAAGACACAAUUGAGUACUUCGUUAAUAGAUAUAACAAAUAAUUUUUAAUUAAUUCCAGGAGCUGUUUUUUUUUGUAAAGCAACUAUUAAGUUUUAAGCUGCUGAAUAAUACUUAGUAAAGCUUAUUUUCUAAAUUUACACCAUGUCAUGCAUUUUACUUCUCAGACCAUGUAAAACCAUUUAUUUUAU